AUGUGUCAGCUCUCACAAGAGGCCCAAAAGAGAGAGUGGACAGGAGCUUUCCACUGUGUCAAUGCAGGUUUGCCCCUGAGGUUGGUGAAUGGAAGUGACCGGUGUCAGGGCCGCGUGGAGGUCCUGUACCAAGGCUACUGGGGCACCGUGUGUGACGACGACUGGGACAUCCAGGAUGCAGAUGUUGUCUGUCGGCAGCUCGGUUGUGGUCUUGCGGUGUCGGCGCCAGGCGGGGCCCACUUUGGUCAGGGCUCGGGGAACAUUCUCUUGGGCUUCGUAUACUGCUCAGGAAGGGAGCCCUACCUGUCGAGCUGCUCCCACGGUGGCUGGUACAACCAUGAAUGUGGACACGGGGAAGAUGCUGGAGUCGUGUGCUCAGGGAUCGAAUUGAGUUUAGCCCUGAGGCUGGUGGGUGGAAGUAACCAAUGUCAGGGGCGUGUGGAAAUGCUAUAUCAAGGCUCCUGGGGCACUGUGUGUGAUGACGACUGGGACAUCAAUGAUGCCAAUGUGGUCUGCAGGCAGCUGGGCUGUGGCUUGGCCAUGUCAGCCCCCAGGAAUGCCCGGUUUGGUCAAGGUUCAGGGCCAAUUGUACUAGACAAUGUGCGCUGUUCUGGGAAUGAGUUCUACCUGUGGAACUGCUCCCACAAUGGCUGGAACUUGCACAACUGUGGCCCUGGUGAAGAUGCUGGUGUCAUCUGCUCAGAGACUGAUUCAGGUUUGGCCCUGAGGCUGGUGAGUGGAGGUGACCGGUGUCAAGGCCGCGUGGAGGUGCUGUACCAAGGCUCGUGGGGCACCGUGUGUGAUGACGACUGGGACACCAGUGAUGCCAACGUGGUCUGCAGGCAGCUGGGCUGUGGCUGGGCCACCUCGGCCCCAGGUUAUGCCCGCUUUGGUCAAGGCUCAGGCCCGAUUGUGCUGGACAACGUGCGCUGCUCUGGGUAUGAGUCCUCCCUGUGGAGCUGCAGCCACAAUGGCUGGAAGGUGCACAACUGUGGACACUCAGAAGAUGCAGGUGUCAUCUGCUCAGCUGCUGUCUCCCAGUCCACACCCCAGCCAGAAAGACUGUUUUCCUGUCUUCUGCCAGGGACCGAAUCAGGUUUGGCCCUGAGGCUGGUGAAUGGAGGUGACCGGUGUCAGGGCCGCGUGGAGGUCCUGUAUGGAGGCUCGUGGGGCACCGUGUGUGAUGACGACUGGGACACCAGUGAUGCCAACGUGGUCUGCAGGCAGCUGGGCUGUGGCUGGGCCACCUCGGCCCCAGGUUAUGCCCGCUUUGGUCAGGGCUCAGGCCCGAUUGUGCUGGACAAUGUGCGCUGCUCUGGGCACGAGUCCUCCCUGUGGAGCUGCCCCCACAAUGGCUGGAACUCACACAACUGUGGACACUCAGAAGAUGCAGGUGUCAUCUGCUCAGAGACUGAUUCGGGGUUGGCCCUGAGGCUGGUGAAUGGAGGUGACCGGUGUCAGGGCCGCGUGGAGGUCCUGUACAGAGGCUCAUGGGGCACCGUGUGUGAUGACGGCUGGGACACGAAUGAUGCCAACGUGGUCUGCAGGCAGCUGGGCUGUGGCUGGGCCACCUCGGCCCCACACAAUGCCCACUUUGGUCAGGGAUCUGGCCCGAUUGUGCUGGACGACGUGAGCUGUUCUGGGUAUGAGUCCUACCUGUGGAGCUGUAGCCACAGUGGCUGGAAUUCACACAACUGCAGGCACUAUGAGGACGCAAGUGUCAUCUGUUCAGAAUCUACUGGAAACCCUCCCAAUACGACAGAUUGGUGGCACCCUUCAUCUACAACCACUCAUGCUACUCCAACCGAAUCAACCAUCCAGCCAGGGACCGAUUCGGGGUUGGCCCUGAGGCUGGUGAACGGAGGUGACCCGUGUCAGGGCCGCGUGGAGGUCCUGUACAGAGGCUCGUGGGGCACCGUGUGCGACGACAGCUGGGACACCAAUGAUGCCAACGUGGUCUGCAGGCAGCUGGGCUGUGGCUGGGCCACCUCGGCCCCAGGAAAUGCCCGCUUUGGUCAGGGCUCGGGCCCGAUUGUGCUAGACGAUGUGCGCUGCUCCGGGCACGAGUCUUAUCUGUGGAGCUGCCCCCACAAUGGCUGGAACUCGCACAACUGCAGGCACUCUGAGGACGCAAGUGUCAUCUGCUCAGGUGGGUCCUCACGAUAUUUGCCCUCUGGUGUGGGUUUCAAAUUUUCCCAUUUGUUUCCCUUGGGAUCGGCCCCGAGGCUGGUGAACGGAGGUGACCGGUGUCAGUGCCGAAAGGUCCUGUACAGAGGCUUGUGGGGCACCGUGUGCAAUGACAGCUGGCACACCAAUGAUGCCAACGUGGUCUGCAGGUGGCUGGGCUGUGACUGGCCCACUUUGGCCCCUGGAAAAGCCUGGCUUGGUCAGGGCUCGGGCCUGAUUUUCCUGGACAAUGUGGGCUGCUCUGGGCACAAGUCCAGCAGGACCGAUUCGGGGUUGGACUUGAGGCUGGUGAACGGAGGUGACCGGUGUCAGGGCCGCGUGGAGGUCCUGUACAGAGGCUCGUGGGGCACCGUGUGCGACGACAGCUGGGACACCAAUGAUGCCAACGUGGUCUGCAGGCAGCUGGGCUGUGGCUGGGCCACCUCGGCCCCAGGAAAUGCCCGCUUUGGUCAGGGCUCGGGCCCGAUUGUGCUAGACGAUGUGCGCUGCUCCGGGCACGAGUCUUAUCUGUGGAGCUGCAGCCACAAUGGCUGGAACUCGCACAACUGCAGGCACUCUGAGGACGCAAGUGUCAUCUGCUCAGGUGGGUCCUCACGAUAUUUGCCCUCUGGUGUGGGAUUCAAAUUUUCCCAUUUGUUUCCCUUGGGAUCGGCCCCGAGGCUGGUGAACGGAGGUGACCGGUGUCAGUGCCGAAGGGUCCUGUACAGAGGCUUGUGGGGCACCGUGUGCAAUGACAGCUGGCACACCAAUGAUGCCAACGUGGUCUGCAGGUGGCUGGGCUGUGACUGGCCCACUCUGGCCCCUGGAAAUGCCUGCCUUGGUCAGGGCUCGGGCCUGAUUUUCCUGGACAAUGUGGGCUGCUCUGGGCACAAAUCCAGCAGGACCGAUUCGGGGUUGGACUUGAGGCUGGUGAACGGAAGUGACUGGUGUCAGGGCCGCGUGGAGGUCCUGUACAGAGGCUCGUGGGGCACCGUGUGCGACGACAGCUGGGACACCAAUGAUGCCAACGUGGUCUGCAGGCAGCUGGGCUGUGGCUGGGCCACCUCGGCCCCAGGAAAUGCCCGCUUUGGUCAGGGCUCGGGCCCGAUUGUGCUAGACGAUGUGCGCUGCUCCGGGCACGAGUCUUAUCUGUGGAGCUGCAGCCACAAUGGCUGGAACUCGCACAACUGCAGGCACUCUGAGGACGCAAGUGUCAUCUGCUCAGCAUCUACAGCAAUCCCUCCUACUACGCCAGAUUGGUGGCGCCCUGUAUCUACAACCAGUCGUGGGACCGAUUCGGGGUUGGCCCUGAGGCUGGUGAACGGAAGUGACUGGUGUCAGGGCCGCGUGGAGGUCCUGUACAGAGGCUCGUGGGGCACCGUGUGCGACGACAGCUGGGACACCAAUGAUGCCAACGUGGUCUGCAGGCAGCUGGGCUGUGGCUGGGCCACCUCGGCCCCAGGAAAUGCCCGCUUUGGUCAGGGCUCGGGCCCGAUUGUGCUAGACGAUGUGCGCUGCUCCGGGCACGAGUCUUAUCUGUGGAGCUGCAGCCACAAUGGCUGGAACUCGCACAACUGCAGGCACUCUGAGGACGCAAGUGUCAUCUGCUCAGCUGUUCAAACCAUAUCAACCAUCCAGCCAUUUAAGUGUGGGAUUCAAAUUUUCCCAUUUUUUCCCUUGGGAUCGGCCCCGAGGCUGGUGAACGGAGGUGACCGGUGUCAGUGCCGAAAGGUCCUGUACAGAGGCUUGUGGGGCACCGUGUGCAAUGACAGCUGGCACACCAAUGAUGCCAACGUGGUCUUCAGGUGGCUGGGCUGUGACUGGCCCACUCUGGCCCCUGGAAAUGCCUGCCUUGGUCAGGGCUCGGGCCUGAUUUUCCUGGACAAUGUGGGCUGCUCUGGGCACAAAUCCAGCAGGACCGAUUCGGGGUUGGCCCUGAGGCUGGUGAACGGAGGUGACCGGUGUCAGGGCCGCGUGGAGGUCCUGUACAGAGGUUCGUGGGGCACCGUGUGCGACGACAGCUGGGACACCAAUGAUGCCAACGUGGUCUGCAGGCAGCUGGGCUGUGGCUGGGCCACCUCGGCCCCAGGAAAUGCCCGCUUUGGUCAGGGCUCGGGCCCGAUUGUGCUAGACGAUGUGCGCUGCUCCGGGCACGAGUCUUAUCUGUGGAGCUGCAGCCACAAUGGCUGGAACUCGCACAACUGCAGGCACUCUGAGGACGCAAGUGUCAUCUGCUCAGCAUCUACAGCAAUCCCUCCUACUACGCCAGAUUUUUGGCGCCCUGUAUCAACAACCAGUCGUGGGACAGAUUCGGGGUUGGCCCUGAGGCUGGUGAACGGAGGUGACCGGUGUCAGGGCCGCGUUGAGGUCCUGUACAGUGGCUCGUGGGGCACCGUGUGCGACGACAGCUGGGACAUCAAUGAUGCCAACGUGGUCUGCAGGCAGCUGGGCUGUGGCUGGGCCACCUCGGCCCCAGGAAAUGCCCGCUUUGGUCAGGGCUCGGGCCCAAUUGUCCUGGACAAUGUGGGCUGCUCCGGGCAGGAGUCCUAUCUGUGGAACUGCCCCCACAAUGGCUGGAACUCUCACAACUGCAAGCACUUUGAGGACGCAAGUGUCAUAUGCUCAGGAAAUGAAACAGGUUUGGCUCUGAGGCUGGUGAACGGAGGGGACCGGUGUCAGGGCCGCGUGGAGGUCCUGUACAGAGGCUCGUGGGGCACCGUGUGUGAUGACAGCUGGGACACCAAUGAUGGCAACGUGGUCUGCAGGCAGCUGGGCUGUGGCUGGGCCACAUCAGCUCCAGGAAAUGCCCGCUUUGGUCAGGGAUCGGGCCCAAUUGUGCUGGAUGACUUGCGCUGCUCUGGAAAUGAGUCCUACCUGUGGAACUGCCCCCACAAUGGCUGGAACUUGCACAACUGCAGGCACUCAGAGGAUGCAAGUGUCGUUUGCUCAGCAUCUACAGGAAGCCCUCCUACUACGACAGAUUGGUGGCGCCCUUCAUCUACAACCACUCAUGGACAGUCUACAGCUUGUGGUGGCUUCUUGUUCAAUGCCAGUGGGACCUUUUCGAGCCCAUCCUACCCUGGAUACUACCCCAACAACGCUGAGUGUAUCUGGGAAAUAGAAGUGAACCCCGGCUACCGCAUAAAUCUGGGCUUCAACCGUCUGCAGCUGGAGAUGCAUAGUAACUGCACUUUUGAUUAUGUUGAAAUCUCUGAUAGAUCCCUGAAUAACAGUAACUUUCUGGGGAAAAUUUGUAAUGACACCAGGCAAACAUUCACCUCCUCCUACAACCGAAUGACUGUUCGAUUUCGAAGUGAUGCCAGUGUCCAAAACAUCGGCUUUUCUGCUUGGUAUAACUCCUUUCCUAGAGAUGCCAGCUUGAGAUUAGUCAAUUCAAACGUCUCCUAUAAUGCAUGUGCCGGGCGUGUGGAAAUUUACCACGGUGGCAGGUGGGGGACGGUUUGUGAUGAUUUCUGGGACAUUCAGGAUGCCCAUGUGGUCUGCAGACAGCUGAGGUGUGGAUAUGCAGUAUCAGCCCCGGGAAAUGCCUAUUUUGGGCAGGGCUCUGGCCCCAUCACCCUGGACGACGUAGCGUGCUCAGGGACCGAAUCUACCCUCUGGCAGUGCUGGAACCAAGGCUGGUUCUCCCAUAAUUGUGCACACAGUGAAGAUGCUGCAGUCAUUUGCUCAGGAACUGACCCAACAACUCCUGCUCUUGUUCAAGGUGUCACCAGCCCAAACAUAGCAAAUUCUUUCUGCGGAGGCUUCAUGUCCCAGCCAUCAGGGCACUUUUCCAGCCCAUUCUAUCCCAGGAACUAUCCAAACAACGCCAGAUGUGUGUGGGACAUUGAAGUCCCAAACAACUACCACGUGACUAUUGUCUUCAAAGAUGUCCAGCUUGAAGGUGGUUGUAACUACGACUAUAUUGAAGUGUUCGAUGGCCCAUCCCAUAGUUCCCCUCUGAUUGCCCGUGUUUGUGAUGGAGCCAAGAGCUCCCUCACUUCGUCAUCGAACUUCAUGUCCAUUCGCUUCGUCAGUGAUGGCAGCGUCACGAGGAAGGGCUUCCAGGCUAACUACUACUCCAGUCCUUCCAAUGAUAACACCAAGCUGCUUUGUCUGCCAAACCAUAUGCAAGCCAGCGUGAGCAGGAGCUAUCUCCAAUCCCUGGGCUAUUCUGACACGGAGGUUGUCAUUCCCAACUUGAAUGAAAGCUACCAGUGUCAGCCCCAAAUAACGGCCAGCCAGGUGACAUUCACAAUUCCGUACUCAGGCUGCGGCACCAUCGAGCAGGUAGAUAAUGAUACCAUCACCUAUUCCAACUUCCUCAAAGUAGCUGUUCCAAGUGCCAUCAUCAAGAGGAAGAAGGACCUCCACAUUCACAUCAGCUGCAAAAUGCUCCAGAACACCUGGGUUGACACCAUGUACAUUACUAAUGACAACAUCGAGGUCAAGGAAGUGCAGUAUGGCAAUUUUGACGUGAACAUUUCCUUUUAUACAUCCUCUUCAUUUUUAUAUCCGGUGACCAGCACACCAUACUAUGUGGACCUAAACCAGAACUUGUACCUUCAGGCUAAGAUCAUCCAUUCUGAUGCCUCCUUAGCCUUGUUUGUGGAUACCUGCGUGGCAUCCCCAUAUUCCAAUGACUUUACAUCUUUGACCUACGAUCUAAUCCGGAGUGGGUGUGUGAAGGACCAAACCUACCAAUCAUACUCUCAGCCGUCGCCUCGCAUCGCCCGCUUCAAAUUCAGUUCCUUCUACUUCCUGAAGCGCUUCCCCUCGGUGUACCUGCAGUGUAAAAUGGUGGUGUGCAGAGCCAACGACUCCUUCUCCCGCUGCCGCAGAGGCUGCAUCAUGAGGUCCAAGAGGGACGUGGGCUCCUACCAGGAGAAGGUGGAUGUCAUCGUGGGACCCAUCCAGCUGCGGGCCAGGAACAUCUAAAAGAGAAGCCAGGCGAGGGGGCCGCCCUCCCACCCCUAGGGCCGCACACCAUGGGGACCCGGGAUGUUUCUUUGUGUCCUUGCGCCUGCCAGGCCUGCUGCUCCUCCAGGUGAUUCGGAGUUUGCUACACCUGCCUCUCCUCUUCUUCCAUGUGCUCCUGGUCUGUGAGAGACCAUGUGUCGUGCUUGGUCAAGAGACUCCUGGCCUGCGACACAGACACAUUUGCCACCUUUAUCUUCUGGGUUCUGAACUCCCUGAACAUCACACUCCUCGUCUGUGAAACAAAAAUGUUAAUAUUUACCGGUUAGGACUUGAGGGGGUGCAAUAAAAUGAUGUUAACCUGC